AUGAUCAAUGAAAUCGUUAGCGGUGUGAUCAAGUCAACUUCUAGCUCUUCUCACCAUGGAGAACCCAGUGAGAGCUGUUCUCAAGGAAGCCUGACUUGGUCACCCAUGAAUUCCUCCUCAUCUGAUGGCGGGAGAAGGGAUGCUAGAGGAGCUACCACUCUCCUCCGGGGGAUUCAAACUGAGAACCAUCAACCCUCUGAGCCCCACAAUCGCACUGGAGCAGCACAAUCGACAAGUGAAAAGACACGGUCCUCUGUCUUAUGUUCCCCAACAUAUGUGGCAGAAGACCCGGAAGCAAGGAUGGGAAGCAGCCAAGAAGAAGCUAUGGACACUAGGAACAACAUUACUGUAGAAGAAUCCAGGAAGAGGAGAGGUGGCAGCAGAGCUGGUGGCCAGGCAGCUACCAAGAGAAAGGAAAGGGAAAGGACUCCAGAACAAUCUGUCCAGACCAGGGUUCUAAGAAGGCGCAGAAAUACAACUGCAGAUUUCAGUGCUGAGUUGCUUCCUGUGACAUGUGGUAACUUGAAAGGAACAUUAUACAAGGAUAAAUUCAAGCAAGGGACCUCUGUGAUGUCCAUACAAUGUGAGAAUGGAAACUGGUUCACGCCCCAAGAAUUUGAAAUUAUGGGAGGCCAUGAAAGAGCAAAGAACUGGAAAUUGAGUCUGCGCUGUUAUAACUGGCCCUUGAAAUUUCUGAUCAAGAGAAACUUUCUACCCAGUCCUCCACGAAAAUAUGCCAGGAAAAAAAAGCAGGGAACACAGAAUUUGUAUCAUUCCCAAGCUGACCCGUGUAUGGAGAACUCAGAUGAGUGUGAGGUGUGUCAGGAUGGAGGGACGCUCUUCUGCUGUGAUACUUGUCCCAGAGCCUUCCAUGAAGAGUGUCACAUCCCAGCGGUGGAUGCUGAGAUAACACCGUGGAGUUGCGUCUUCUGUAGGACUCAGUCCUUAGGAAGCCAAGAGAGUCGUCCAGAGUCUGAGAUCCUGCAGAGGCAGAUGGUGCCCCAGGAACAGUUGAAGUGUGAGUUUGUUCUCUUGAGAGUCUAUUGCUGUCCUGAGAGCUCCUUUUUUUCCAAGAUGCCAUAUUAUUGUUAUGACCGGGUUGUGCUUGUGCAGGAACCUAUGUGGUUGGACAUCAUUAAGAAGAAGCUGAGUCAGCAGGCCUAUUCCAAAGUGAAACAGUUUGUGCAAGACAUGAGGCUCAUCUUCCACAAUCACAGAACCACAUUCAAGGAACCCAAGUUUGGCCAA